UUCCUCUCGUCCGCAAACGCAGUCUGCGUUCGCCUACAGAAUACGCGACAGUUCUCAUUCCCGGUGCUCCGUUUGCUUGACGUUUGACGUUUCUACGCACCGUUUCAGUGUCACCGACUAACAGUUGCAUCCUUUGAUCAAGAGAUUAAGCCACAGAGUUGAAGAAGAUCGGCAGUAACAAAUAGGAAAGACUAGAAGCUGUUGAAGCCGAGAAAUGAGCAACGUGGCAGAAACGGAUUUACAUAAACAUGUCGUCAACACGGAAAAGUGCGGUGACCUCAACGUCUACGUGCAGGGUGAUUUAAAGCAGCAGGAGAAGCGCGCCGUUUUUAUGACCGUUCACGAUCUGGGAUGCAAUCACACCUCGUUCCACGACUUCGUUAAACAUCCUUGUAUGUCGGAAAUCAAGGAUCGUUCCAUCUUCAUCCAUAUCGAUGUCCCGGGACACGCCGACAACGCUCCGAAUCUUCCUGACGGAUUUCAGUUCCCAACGCUCCAGACUCUCGGCGAAAGCCUCGUCGCUGUCCUCGAUUUCCUCAACGUUCGCUACGUCGUCGGUUUUGGCGAAGGUGCUGGAGCCAAUGUCCUCGCCCGAUUUGCCCUGGCGAAUCCAUCCCGUGUCCUCGGGUUAAUUCUUAUCAACUGCACCGGCAGCGCCGCGACGGUUCUUGACAACUUCAAAACCAAGUUCCUCAGCUGGAGAGGAAAGGAGGAGGUCGGCCAAUCUGCGGAAGAAUUUCUCCUCUACCACAAGUACGGGAACAUGAUAAACGAGCAACUGGUGAGCACGACAAACCCCGACAAGGAAAAAGUCCUCGCAGAAUUUCUCGAGCGAAUUCGAGGCACCCUUAAUCCUCGGAAUAUCAAGCAGUACGUCAACGCUUUUCUGACCCGGAAGGAUAUAUCCCUGAAGAAUUGCAACACCGACAUUAUCCUGAUCACCGGAAUGCUCAGCCCCUAUGCCAGUGUGGUUGAGAAGUUGUUUCGCGAGUUGGACAAGAAUCGGGCAACUUUACUCAAAGUUGAACGUGCCGGAGACGUUCUUCUUGAUUCGCCGGUUAAAGUCGCCCAGAGCAUAUUGCUCUUCUGCAAGGGUCAAGGCUUGCUCACCUCCGUUACCAUGCCUGGUGUUGAUCGCCAACGCACCUUCAGCGGCGGUUCCUUCGACAGCGAUGGUCGACCUCGAAGACUCUCCAGAGGCAUGUCAAUGGAAGAGUACGACAAGCCGAACAUCCGCCGUCUGUCGAUCACCAUUCCAGAACCGACUCGUUCCGCGGUUAAUUGAGAUUUCAACCUUUGUAUCUGCAGUAUCCUUUUGUUUGACAUUCGAAUUUAUCAGCUCCUACCCCGAUGAUGUGUUUAACUGUGACUGUGUGAUUAAAUUCGCAGAUUUUGGGGAUUCAUUUCUUUUUUGAAUGAUUAUUGGGUAGGCGUUGAUAGUUUUUAUGUUUUUCAGUUCUCAAGUUUUCGGCUUAAAGGAUUUGCACUUUAUCUUCUAAUCUUAGCCAGUCACUCUGACCAUAAAAUUAAUUAAUAUUCUAACAUCCUAUAGGCAGACCUGUAAAAUGAGAAUACCCGAGUAGCGAUAUUUUUUACUUUGAAAGUGAGUACAACAUCAUAUCCAAUUCUGACGUACUAUCGUGUGAAUUAUAGAACUGUUUCUCGAGACUGGGAACUGAUAAAUAGUUGAUUUCGGACUGAAUUUGUUAUGCAGACGUAAUUGUGUUCCAUACGGUAUAUAUUAUACGUAGGCAUUAAUCGAUGCAGUUUAGUAAAUGGUUUGGUCAUUAAUCAUAACUCAAUUUUGUUACAAAUUUUUCGGGAAUUCAUUACGUGUCUAUUAUUGAAUCGAUUCUACGAAUAGAAUGGCUAUCAUCGUGUUAUCACGUGAAUAAAUUAAAUCGUGCGAGAAUUCGAUUCAGUAAGAGAUUGGCUAUUUGUAAACUCACUUUGAUAGCAUUAACAAAAUAUAAUAAAUGAGUAUUCUAAGAUAAUUUUACAUGAAUGUAUCAUACGGAAAAAAUUGUUCAACGUACGUAGAUAGGUGUAUUAAUUUAUGCACUGGUAGUUUCCUUUUGUAAUGAAUUUCCUGUGUAAUAUGCACAUCUACAUGUGCGUAUAUAUGUUUAAUAAAAUCACCUGAAAUUCUAGUUACUCUCGCAAGGCUGCAGCGUGGAAUGUUCAAUUUUAUUGAUACAGAGAAAAGGAAGCUCGUGAUGUGUAAUCCGGAUUUAUUGAUCACAAAUACAGAUUCACAUAUAUAAUUUACAAUAUUUAUUUUUAUAACAUCUCCAUUGGCUAUUCGCAGCACGAAUAAUAUUUUUUUGAAAUGGAGAUUUUAUAUAUAUAUAUUAAUAAUAUAAAAAUUAUUUUGCAAAUUACCAACUAUAAAGGUAUAUAUAUCACACAUAUAAAUCUCACGUCAAAGGAAAGAGAAGAGUACAAAAAAUAUAU